AUGACUAAAUCUAUAGUGGUUGUUGGUGCCGGUGUCGUUGGCCUGACCUGUGCCUACCAGUUGGCUGAAGAAGGAUACGAUGUCACAAUUGUUGCCAAACACCUGCCUUCGACCUCGAUAGCAGACUCGCAGUACACUUCUCCAUGGGCAGGUGCUCACUUCAGACCAUUUCCUGCUAAGACACCAGAAGAAUACAGAGACUCCAAACUUACCAGGUCCACUUUCCAGGUUUUCAAGAAACUUGCUACCACCUUCCCCGAAAGCUCUAUCCGAUUCAUGCCAGGAACGGAUUUUAUAGAACGCGACGAUCCGCUAUACGAAAAUGUCAGUGCAGGAUAUGCAGAAGGCAUUGAAAAUUUCAAGGUUCUUCCAAAGUCGGCCCUCCCUAAUGGAAUCAAGUUUGGUGCCACAUACAAUGCGUGGUGCAUGAAUUCUCCUAUGUACAUCCAAUUUUUAGAGCGUAGGCUCGAGAUGUACUAUAAGGUGAAAAUCGUGCAAGAAAGCCUUGGUUCUUUGCAACAGGUUGCGGAGUUGUUUCCAGGUGCCACCAUUGUGAACUGUUCAGGACGAGGUUUAACAUAUUAUGGGGGUUAUGAUCCAGCCACGUACCCGAUCAGGGGCCAAACGCUAUUGGUGAAAAGCCCAAAGGACUGUCCUUACAAUAGUGAGACUGUGACCUAUCAACUGGAAGACGGUUCUUUCUGCUUUGUCAUUCCUCGUCCAUUGGACGGGGGUGUGAUCGUGGGAGGUACAAAACAGGUCGGAGACCUGUAUCCACAGGUCAGAGAUGCGGACACCCAAAAGCUGAUCGAGAACGGUAAAAAAUGGUUUCCGGAGCUUUUGAUCGACGGAGAAUUCCAAAUCAAACGUAUCAAUGUUGGAUUCAGGCCUGCACGGCACGGAGGUGUGAGAAUCGAAAGAGAAGUGGUCGACGGUACCGAAGUCGUCCACUGUUAUGGCUUUGGCGGCUCUGGCUAUGAGAUGAGCUGGGGUGCAGGCCAGAAAGUUGUAGAGCUGGUCAAGUCAGCCAAAAGUAAGCUUUAA